UCCUCCCGUUCGAGAAACGCAGUUGCAACAAUGCGCGUCUUAUCUUUUCGGCGUUACGCGUGAUAAUGACAACGAAAACAAAUCAAGCUAAGCGUCAAUCGAAAACAUUGACAAAUUAACAAAAUAAAAAUAAUGGAACUAGAAACUGUUGAUCAGUCGAGUGUUUGAAGCUGUCCGGUUCUCCAUAGUUAUUAGUUUCCCAAGUUCCCGAAACCGGUCAGAAUGGUUAACUUCAACGAGAGUAACAACGAUGCCAGUGACUCGGAAUCUGUGUCGAGUUCUUCGUCAGCAAACAGCAGCAAUCAAUCGUCCAGAUCUGCUUCUCCAGUUCGAGCUAAUUCUCCAUCGGGAUCUGAACCAGGUUCACCAGGAUCACCAGCUUCUCCUGUAUCCCCUAUAUCACCAGUAUCUCCUUCGUCUCGUGCAUCUCCUGUGUCUCUAGCUUCACCUGCUUCCCGUGCAUCUAGGUCUCGUUCUAGGAGUCCAUCUGGUUCAGGACGUUCAGCAUCCCCAUCCAAAAGCCCUUCAAAAUCCCCAGCUGUAUCUCGAUCCCCCUCACCAAAUAGUAGGGCUUCUAGUGCAGCAUCAGUUGUAUCUGCAGUAUCAGCUGUAUCUGCAGUAUCGGGUCGUUCAGCAACUCCUGCUGGCUCAGUAAUAUCUAAUCAGUCGGUGGCGAGUGGCAAAAGUAACUCAUCCCAUGCAAGCCGUUCUACAAAUCGUAGUAGAGCUUCAUCUAAAAGUAACAAAUCAAAAUCAAGUUCUGCAAGUCCAAAAAGUGUUGCAUCAAAAAAAUCACGCUCAUCGUCUCCGGAAGUCACAAAAAAUCAACAAGGUGAUUCUGAUGAUAGUGAUGGUUCUGUGAUUGGUAGGAAAAAACGACAACCAAUUAGAAAAAAUUCUAGUGUAUCUGGCAAUGAAUCAUCUGAUAAAGAAGAAAUAUUAAAAAAAAGUGGCUCAGAAGCUUCAGAAAAAUCUCCUAAAAAAAAUGAUUUAUUUGGCGAAGCUGAUGAUAUAAGUUCCGAUGAAGACCAACCCAAGACACCCAGAGCAAUGAGUGACGAUGACAUGGAUCGGGAUAAAAGUGAUAAUGAUGACAAUAAAAGUGGUGGUGGCGGGGAUGAUGAUGAUGAUGAUAAUAAUGAUAACGAGAAAAUAGAAGAAAAGGAAAAAGAAGUGGAAGAGCCAAUUCCAGAAAGACGGAUAGCUGUUGAGAUACCAAAAAUAUCUGUAGAUCUUGGAAAUGAUUUACAUUUUGUGAAAUUGCCCAACUUUUUGUCUGUUGAAACUAGACCAUAUGAUAGAGAAACAUAUGAAGAUGAGAUUGAUGAAGAAGAAACUUUAGACGAAGAAGGUCGAGCAAGAGUAAAAUUGAAAGUGGAGAAUACUAUAAGAUGGCGUGAAGUUUUUGACAAAGAUGGAAAUGUAGUAAAAGAAAGCAAUACUAGAGUAAUUAAAUGGUCCGAUGGUAGUAUGUCAUUACAUUUGGGUUCAGAAAUUUUUGACGUUUACAAACAGCCUCUGGUGGGUGACCAUAAUCAUUUAUUUAUUCGCCAAGGAACUGGUUUACAAGGUCAAGCAGUAUUUCGUACAAAAUUGUCAUUCAGACCUCACUCUACAGAAUCAUUCACCCAUCGUAAAAUCACUUUGUCUUUAGCUGACAGAUCACAAAAAUCUUCUGGCAUAAAAGUAUUGUCUCAAGUUGGAGCUGAUCCUGAUGCUAAUAGAUAUGAAAAAAUUAAAAGAGAAGAAGAAAAGUUACGUCAAUCAAUGCGCAAAGAAACAAAAGUGAAAAGAGCUAGAGAACGUGGAGCGAAUAGUAAUCUCAGUUCCUCGUAUUUAGAACCUGAAAGAGAAGAUGGAUCUGAUGAUGAAAAUGCUAUAUCCCUGUCUGCUAUCAAAAACAAAUUUAACAAAAAAUCCGUGUCUAAAAUAGAUAAAAGUAAUAUAUAUUCAUCUGAAGAUGAUAGUUCAGACAUGGACACAAAAAAGAAAAGACAAUCCAGAAUAGUGUCAGAUUCUGAAGAAGAUGAUGAUUUAUAAUUUUUGUAAAUAAAUUAAUUUUAUAAAAUUUUUGACUGUUAAACAUAUUGAUUGAUAUGUGUAAACAAUAAAUGUAAUAUAUAAAAUUACUAUUA